CUCGAUGCGUUCUGGGUGAACAUGUUGCCAGCGGCAGGUGCUGAGCCAGUGAAAGCAUAGCUUUCUCUUAAACUAGUUUGUCGAGGGCAGUGACAAGGACAGUAACUAUUCUACCGCAAGCUUCCCAUGGCCAUGCCAUUCUGUUGCCUCACGGUCACGUCUUUUAUAUUUAAAAUAGCUUUUUAAGCAGUAAUGAUGUGGAACCAACUGCUGUCAGGACUUCUAAUGUUCUUUCGACUGCGCCGUGCCGCCGCCACAGCCGCCAUGAUGAUCAAGGGUACCGUGGUGGUGUACUCGAUCCCGGCCUGCCCGCACUGCCGCACGGCCAAGGCCACGCUGGCCUCACGCGGCCUGAGCUACGUGGACGUGAACAUGGAGCAGCACCCGCAGCUGCGACCCUGGCUCCGCGAGACCACCGGCAAGACGAGCGUGCCGCAGAUCUUCUUCAACCGGCACUACGUGGGUGGCAACAGCGACCUGCAGAAGCUGAACAUCGAGUCGGAGCUGGACCUGGCGGCGGCCGCCUACUUGGAGACGGACGACGGCGUGUGCGUGGAGCCGGCCAAGGCACAGGUGCACCUCUCCACCCUGCUCAAGUGGUAUCGCUCCGACUUCGGCGACACGGACGAACAGGUGCUGCGCUGGGUGCUGAAGCAUCUCUCCGGCGACAAGGCCGCCAGGCUGGAGCAGCUGCUGCAGGCCGGUGGCUACAAGGUGAUCUACAUCCCGUACGACUGGACCAACAACGCCAAGUAGCGGCCAAGCGGGACUGGCGCCGGCGCCACGUGCCGGAGUGUCACCGGCGGCUGCCGAGAGGGCUCGGGAGGCCGCGAGUCGGCCAGGCGCGUCAGUCGACACAGCUAGGCGGUCCCCGCCGACGGUCGCUUGCGCCGGCACGUCACGGCCCUCACCAGGCACGAUAUCGGCCCUAAUCAGGACGAACCGUCGUGCGGGGUUCGUCUCUGAUGCGUAGCUCGCCGACAGGGCCUUGCAUCUGUUGUCUGCGUGUCACGAAAUUGAAUGAUUUUCAAUCAAAAGUGGAAGCUAGAGUAGUGCAGAAGCACCAGAAAAUCACCUGAGCUAUGUGUCACAGACUAUCCUCAGGGGUAGUGGCGCGGUCGUAGACAGAAGCUGAAACGGCCAACUCAUUCCACCUGGGAAUUGGCUGCAUUUGAGGGCCAGGCCGUAUGAAGCGUCGCCUGUAAUUGUGACAGGAUUAUGUACGAGGUCCCUGCACGACAAGCCGUCACGUCGAAUGGCUAUGUAUAAUUUCGCGCUCCCCGUUCGGGCGGUACUUCGUAAGGUUAGGACGGUUAAAAUGAAACUAUUGCCCAACGUUCGCGUUCACGACAAAACGGCGACGUAAACCGCGGCGUCAUCGAUGUCACUGACGUGUUGGAGCGCACGGAUCGGUGGGCAUCUGUAAGUGCGUCUACCUGCAGGCCUGUCCAAUCUGUGGAACUUUUUAGCACAUAUUCUCCAUUCAACCACUAACGCGCGACCUAGCACUAUAAUGUCGCACGGCUUCAGAGCUUUGGUGAUUAUAGUAGACGCUGGUGACGUCACGGUAUCCCGAUAACAAUAUAACAGAGCCGCAGGGCCAUGGUCCGCGCCGUCUCAAGACAACAGAGCCGCAGGGCCAUGGUCCGCGCCGUCUCAAGACAACAGAGCCGCAGGGCCAUGGUCCGCGCCGUCUAAUUGAGGUGUUUCGUUCUGAGCUAUGUGCGUAAUAAGUUAUUUUGUGUCGGCGAAUAUUGCUGCUGUGGUUUGGCGCUUGAAUGCUACCAAAGAUGUGAACAUUGCGGGUUGAUGUGGGUUGAUUGCCAUGUUCUCGGGUGUUCAUGUUUGAGCCGUCCGAAGGGUGCUAAUAUAUGCUAACAAUCCAGGCUAGUGCGUCAUGAAUACGGGGAGGUUAUUUUUGUUGAUUAGAUUUUGUCCGUUGUCGACCCGUUUUCUUAACCAACAGCUGUCGUGUUUCUGUGACUGAAUGUCUCCGCGUGCCUAUCGGACCAUUGAGCAUCGUCCACUGUAGGAAAUCAAUGUUCUUUCACUCGAGCCAAGGUAUUGCGACAUGUAGCCUGCCAGGUAGUCUCUUCGUUUUCGCGUAUUGAACCUUUUUUGGCUCUGAAUUAAUGCUGAGUUAGUCAGUGUUGUUGUUUGCUGGGUUGCUAUGAUGACGCGCUCCCGCCCAGGCCGUCCCAGUCGUGUGCACUGCCCACAAUGGGUCGGGGUCGCCUGAUCGGUGCAUUUUGGUGCAACGACAAGCGCGCACCGGCUUCACAGCGCUCCGGAGCGGCAGAAUUCGUGCCUUUAACGUGAGAGCAGUCGCCCUCAUCCUUCUUAGCCCAGCUUAACAGCGUCAUGUGACAAUAACUGAACCGGUGCCGUUUUUACGCUGGCUGUCCGUUCUAUACACAGUGCCUCCCGUGUUGCACCUGCGCAACAAGGCCAUUGGUGCGUGUGUUCGCUUCUGGUAAACUGGCUGGUGUUUACUGCGCUUCAGCAUCUAUCGAUAUUGCUACAAACGUACCCGCUGGUUUUGGGACGCUGUGUUUUACUUUCUUACGGGAGCAAAUACACCAACGUACAUAUUC